ACCCCACCACCAAAAUUCCCAAUCUCACCAGGAAGCUCCAACGCCAGCCCCGGAGCUUCCCCCACUCCCAAAACAUAUCAUGGAGCCCUUAUUACGAUGGCCUCUUUACAUCGUCCUUGUUGGUGCUCUUUUACUGGCCCAAUUACCCGCUAUAUACGCCGAAGCCUCCGCGUCGACGGUCCUCGAGAUCGAGAAAGCGUCCAACGAUUCGCUGUUAUGGGGGCCCUACAGACCGAAUCUAUACUUUGGAGUCCGUCCGCGUAUUCCAAAGAGUCUUAUGACAGGACUACUUUGGGCACGAGUGGAAGAUUAUCAGAGCGUACAGCACAACUUCAGACACACCUGCGAACAGCAUGAACUUGAUGGCUACGGCUGGGACGAGUAUGACGUACGAACCGGCGGCCGCCAGACCAUCCACGACCCUUCCAAUCGACUCGACCUGACUACCGAAUUCGUGAAAGUCCCCGGAGGAGCACACGGAGGAAAUUGGGCUGUGCGAAUCAAAGGAACUCCUCGUGCUGAUGCCUCUCCCAAUCUGAAAACAACCGUGGUAUGGUAUGCGUCUCUGGAAGGGCUAGGAAGCUUAGAGGUGGUCGACGACGGAGAGGAUACGGGAUUCGAUGGUGAUGUGAAACUCAAGGGCCAGACAAUAGAGCUUGGAGAUUUCGACAUAAAGAUUACGGAGGGGAGUGGAGAGCAUCCGCCUCCAGGCCAUCCGAGCUACGAUGAACAGCCUUUGGAUCGCACGUUUGUGCAUAGCUUCCAAUUGCCAGAGGAUGCUCUUUGGCAGACGAAACCUAUCCUCUUUGCCCACCUGAAGACUCAGAUUGAAGCUAUGCUUGCCAAAUAUGGCGAAGACAAUCCGCCGCCGCCAGCCCAGGUCUACACCAUCUCAAAUGAGGUGGCAAGAGGCAAUUUGCACAUGGUGCAAAAAGUCUUCGAAGGCCCCUUUGAGUUUGACAUUCUCUACUCAUCAGCAUCUGCACCUGAACCAAUCACUUCAGAAGAUCUGGCCAAGAGGAUCAAGACGGUGACGAAGAGCUUUUCGAGCCGGUUUUCGGAAAUCUUCACGCCUAAUGCUCCUUUCCUCAAGGGAAGAUACGACGAGUUCUCCAAAUCACUGUUCUCAAACUUGAUCGGGGGCAUUGGCUACUUCUAUGGAGACUCUCGAGUAGAUCGCUCUUAUGCCUCCGAGUAUGAGGAAGACAACGAAGGCUUCUGGGAAGAAGCUGCCGAAGCACGCGGAAGAAACGUAGCCGAGUUCGAAGGCCCAUCGGAGUUGUUCACCAGCAUUCCAUCCAGGCCAUUCUUUCCCCGAGGAUUUCUUUGGGACGAAGGCUUCCAUUUACUGCCUGUGCUCGAUUGGGAUGCUGACUUGACUCUCGAUAUUAUCAAGAGUUGGUUCAAUCUAAUGGAUGAGGAUGGAUGGAUUGGUCGCGAGCAGAUUUUGGGCGCCGAAGCCCGAAGCAAAGUACCGCAGGAGUUCCAGGUCCAAUACCCUCAUUAUGCAAAUCCACCGACCCUUUUCAUGGUCCUCACCGCGCUGACUGACAAGCUGGAAGCACUGGUAUCUGCCAAACCAACAGAUCAGAAGGUCAUUCCGAGUGGAUCUUACACUUCGAUUCUGUCAAAUCGCGAGGCCUCGCUUCAAUAUCUUCGGGACCUCUACCCUCUUCUAAUGCGCCAGUAUAAGUGGUUCCGAAAGACCCAAGCAGGGGACAUCAAAUCCUACGACCGAGAAGCGUUCUCCACCAAGGAAGGCUAUCGCUGGCGUGGCCGCACUCCACAGCACAUUCUGACCUCCGGUUUAGACGACUACCCUCGCGCUCAACCUCCUCAUCCUGGCGAACUGCACGUUGACUUGAUCAGCUGGGUGGGAAUGAUGAUCCGUAGCUUGAAGCGUAUAGCUACCAUACUGGGCUAUGCAGACGAUGUCACUGAGAUCUCAGGCUACGAGGAGGCCAUCAUUCGCAAUAUCGAUGACCUUCAUUGGGACGACAAGGAAAAGACAUAUUGCGAUGCAACGAUUGACGACUAUGAAGAGAGUGUGCACGUAUGCCACAAAGGCUACAUCUCCAUAUUCCCGUUCUUGACAGGUCUAUUGCCACCUGACAGCCCAAGAUUGGGGGCUAUUCUUGAUCUGAUUCACGACCCAGAAGAGCUCUGGUCUGAAUACGGAUUGAGGAGUUUGAGCAAGAGCGACGAGCUUUACGGGACUGGCGAAAACUAUUGGAGAGGUCCUAUCUGGAUGAACAUGAAUUUUUUGGCUGUGAAGCAAUUGCUGGACCUCGCGCAAGCCGCGGGGCCACACCAAAAGCGCGCGCGGAAGAUAUACACGGAGCUCCGCGAGAACCUUGUAGAUACCGUGUACGAGUCCUGGAAGGAGACGGGAUUCGCGUGGGAGCAGUAUAAUCCUGAGACCGGGAAGGGUCAGAGGACACAGCAUUUCACUGGCUGGACAAGUUUGGUCGUCAAGAUUAUGGCUAUGCCUGAUCUUGGCAGCCAGACGCGGGAGAAGGACGAGUUGUAGAAAGGUUUCAGUACAUUGCUUAGAGCGAG